AUGAUCAAGGCACAGAACCAGAAAAUGAAACAGGUGGAGGGGUGGUUCUGGAAGAAUUACCAAUAUGUAUUGGCUUUUCUCUUUGUCAUUGAGGAGAUUAACCAGAGCCCCCAUCUGCUCCCCAACCUUUCCCUGGGCUCUGAUCUCUACAACGCCUUUCCCACUCAACAAAGGACCUUGGAGAGUGCUGUGGUCUUACUCUCAGGAGGGAGUCAGCCUCUCCCCAACUACAACUGCAACAGAAAGAAGCAGCCUAUUGCUGUCUUCUCAGGAACCACAUCAGCAUUUGCAGCUGAGCUUGGAAGCCUUCUGGAGCUCUACAAAAUCCCACAGAUCACGUAUGGUCCUUUUGAUCCCAUCCUAAGCAAUAAAAACCAGUUUUCAUCACUCUAUCAAAUAGCCCCAAAGGACAGUUUUCUGACCCUUGGGCUCAUCGGGCUAUUGCACCACUUUGGCUGGACAUGGGUAGCACUCUUCGUACCUGAUGAUACGAAAGGGGAGCAGUUCCUUCAGGAUCUAAAAGCACAGAUGCUUAGACAAGAUAUCUGUGUGGCCUUCACAGAGAAGCUCCCUAUGACUACAGGCUUCGGUGUAUAUCGCGAUUUCAAAUUCGUGUUGAGGAUCAGAAUUUCAUCUGCAAAUGUGUAUGUCAUAUAUGGUGAUUUAGGGAGCCUCAUGAUCUUGGACCAGCUGAAAUAUGUUAAUUCGGCAUCAGGGAAGCUCCACUCAUUUCUGAGGAAAACUGCAUUUACAAACAGCGCUGGGGAAAACAUGUCUUUUGGUGACAGUGAGCACUAUAUGACCCAGUAUGAUAUCCAGAACCUGGUGAAGUUUCCUAAUGACAGUUGGAUGCUGGUUAAAGUAGGAGAGUUUGUCUCCAAGAGUCCACACGAUCAAGAUUUGGUCAUUGAAAAGGAGAUGCUGAAAUGGCCUGAUGCAUUCCAAGAAACUCCUUCAUCCGUGUGUACCCAGAGCUGCGCUCCUGGAUUCAGGAAAAUUGCACAAGAGGAAAGACCCAUCUGCUGCUUCCUUUGUGUUUCUUGCCCUGAGAGAGAGAUUUCCAACUGGACAGAUGCACAGCAGUGUUUCCCAUGCCUACCUGAACAGUACCCAAACAGUGAGAAAACUCAUUGCCUCCCUAAGCCUGUCACUUUCCUGGGCUUUGAGGAUUCUCUGGGAAUGGCUCUGGCCUGCAUAGCUCUCUGCUUCUCUGUGGUCACAGCUGUGGUUUUGGGCUUGUUUGUGAAGCACCGAGACACUCCCAUCAUCAAGGCCAAUAACCGGGCUCUCAGCUUCACCCUGCUCAUCUCCCUUCUGCUCUGCUUCCUCUGCUCCUUGCUCUUCAUUGGCCAUCCCAACACAGCCACCUGCAUUCUCAGACAGGUCACAUUUGGGCUGGUGUUCACUGUGGCUGUUUCCACCAUUUUGGCCAAAACCAUGACUGUGAUUCUGGCAUUCAAGGCCAUGACGCCUGGAAGAACACUGAGACGUUUGUUGCUGUCAGGGGCCUCUAACUCUGUCAUUCCCAUCUGCUCCCUGAUCCAAGUGAUUAUCUGUGCAAUCUGGCUGGGAUCCUCUCCCCCUUUCGUUGACACAGACUCGCACUCUGAGCCCAGAAGCCUCAUCAUCGUGUGCAACAAGGGCUCAGUCACUGCCUUCCACUGUGUCCUGGGCUACCUGGGCUCCUUGGCCCUGGGGAGCUUCACGGUGGCCUUCCUGGCCAGGAACCUGCCUGAAACGUUUAAUGAGGCCAGGUUCCUCACAUUCAGCAUGCUGCUGUUCUGCAGUGUCUGGGUCACCUUCCUGCCCGUCUACCACAGCACCAAGGGGAAGGUCAUGGUGGCCGUGGAGGUCUUCUCCAUCUUGGUCUCCAGUGCAGGGCUCUUGGGCUGCAUCUUUGCCCCCAAGUGCUACACUAUUCUGAUAAAGCCUGAUAAGAACUCUAUUAAAGGUUUAAAGACCAGAAAUAUUUCUAGAAGAAAUGAGCCCUGA